AUGCGUAUUUUCAUAAUUUUGUGUGUUGUGGCUGUUGCCUGGGCUCAAGCGGGAUAUAAAUAUAACGUUGGAGGAGGAAGCAGCGGCGGAGGUAGUUUUGGAAGCUCAGGAGGUUCCUCAUCCGGCGAUUCAUAUGGCUCUUCAUCUGGAGGAUCAUUUGGUGGCUCUGGUAGUUCAUAUGCUGGUUCUGGAGGUGUAAAUGUCGGCUCUGGCUCCUCAUCUGGUGGUUCAUUGGGCGGAACUGGUCACUCUUCGGUAGGUUCGUUUGGCAGCUCUGGCUCCUCAUCUGGUGGUUCGUUUGCUGGCUCUAGCCACUCUUCGGGAGGUUCAUCUAGCGGCUCAGGCUACUCAUCUGGAGGUUCAUUUGGCGGAUCUGGUCACUCUUCGGUAGGUUCAUUUGGCGGCUCUGGCUCCUCUUCUGAAGGCUCGUUUGGUGGCUCUGGCCUCUCAGGUGGAUCAUUCGGCGGCUCUGGCUCCUCAUCUGGAGGUUCCUUUGGCCGCACUGCAGGAUCUGACUCUGGCGAUGCUGUUUUAGAGAAGCAAUUCUAUACAUUCACAGCCGAUGAACAAGAUUUUAAUGAACCUGCUGUGGCAAAUCAAGUUUCAAGCUCCUUUAAACAAGGCCUUCGUGUGAUUUUCAUUAAGGGUCCCGAAAGCAGCGGCUCUGAAAAGGCUGCUCUCGCUUUGGCCAAAAACGCUGCCGAACAAAAAACUGUCAUCUAUGUUCUUAACAAACAAGCGGAUCUUGCUUCCUUGUCUAACCAACUGAAAUCGGAAAACAGCAACACUAUCAACAAACCGGAAGUUCAUUUCGUCAAAUAUCGCACCGAAGAAGAUGUUAACAAUGCUCGCAAGGCUAUUGAAGCACAAUACGAUGCUUUGGGGGGAAAGACACAACAUUUUGAUGGCGGAGUUGCUAAGUCCCUGAACUUCGCUUCCAAUGCUCCUGGUGCUUCCGGAGGACGACCAGGAUCAUCCGGUGGUGCUCCAAGUGAUACAUAUCUACCUACUGCAUAA